AUGGCUCACGCUCGCCGUUCGGUCUAUCACAAUCCAGAUGCGCAGCAAUUCAGGCUUGACCGCGAGGUGGCGGGCGCAGAGAAGCAGUUCCACCAGUCUCUGCCAUCAUACAAGCCAAGUCCGCUCGUCUCUCUCGACAAGCUAGCAAAGGAGAUUGGAGUAUCCAAGGUCUUCAUCAAGGACGAGAGCAGCCGUCUCGGUCUUCCAUCGUUUAAGAUCCUGGGUGCCUCGUGGGCCGUCUAUCUGGCUGUUUCGUCACAUCUGAAGCUAUCGAGCCCCUCGCUGGAUGAGCUCUCCCGCGCAGCCGCCAGCGCUCGCAUCAAACUGCUAGCUGCAACUGACGGUAAUCAUGGACGAGCCGUUGGCCGCAUGGCGAAGAUACUGGGGAUAUCCUCUGAGAUCUUUGUUGGCAAGAAUCUGGACCAGCAUACCCGGGACCUGAUAGCUGGCGAAGGGGCGACGGUCACUGUUGUCAAGGGAGACUACGACGAUGCGAUAUCUGCUUCGGCGAAGAAAGCAGAUGAAUACCCUAAUUUCAUUCUGGUUCAAGAUACUGCUUUUGAGGGCUACGAAAAGAUCCCUGCUUGGAUUGUCGAUGGCUACUCUACGAUGUUGACUGAGAUCGAUGAUCAGUUGCAGGACCAGGGCUUGAAAGCUACGGCUAUAGUCUCGCCUGUCGGGGUUGGAUCUCUCUGUCAGGCUGUGGUAUCUCAUUGCAAGACCAAGGGAAAGGAAAUGUCCGUUCUUACUGUCGAGCCGGAUGUUGCUGCUUGUCUGCAUAAGAGCUUAAGGGCUGGACAGAUGACUCAGGUGAAGGUAUCAAAGACGAUAAUGAGCGGAAUGGAAUGCGGAACUGUCUCUUCUAUUGCAUGGCCGGUAUUACAGUCCGGAGUCGAUGCUAGCGUUACUAUCUCCGAUUACGAGGCUCAUCAGGGCGUGCAGUAUCUAAGCUCAAAGGGGGUCAACGUUGGACCCUGCGGAGCUGCCGGUGUACCUGGUCUACGAUAUGUUGCAAAGACAGACCCAUCCUCUCUUGGACUAACCUCUGAUUCUGUCGUCGUUAUCCUCGGGACAGAAGGGAGCCGUCCGUAUACUACACCCAAGGAUGUUUCUUCAGACGACUGUGUCGAAUUAACCCAGACUUUGACGCAGAUCAACUCGUCCAACCCAUCAGAGACGAACCCAAGCGGUGUCGGCGAGGGAGAGAUAGCGGACUACAUCACCGCCUGGCUGGAGCACCGGGAUCUAGAAGCUCAUCGGCUGGAGGGUACCCCUGGGAGGCCCUCGGUGAUAGGUGUCCUUCGAGGAACCGGUGGAGGAAGAUCCUUGAUGAUGAACGGCCAUAUUGAUACAGUGACUCUGGACAGUUACUCAUCCGGACUUGACCCCCUUUCAGGAGAGCUGGCGGUUUCCUCUGCUGGACGCAAGAGGGUGGUGGGACGUGGUACACUGGACAUGAAGGCGGGCAUCGCAGCUUCAAUGGCCGCUCUAGCAGAAGCUAAAACAUCCUCCUCCCCACCUCGAGGGGACGUCAUAUUGGCAGCUGUUGCGGACGAAGAGUACUCAUCCAUUGGAACCAAGGAAAUCCUCAAAGCCGGCUGGAGUGCCGACGGAGCCAUCGUGGUCGAGCCGACGCUUGAAACGAUCGCCCAUGCACACAAGGGGAUGACGUGGCUGGAAAUAGAGAUAUUGGGCGUUGCUGCCCAUGGAUCCAGGCCCGAUGACGGGGUAGACGCAAUCCUACUCUCGGGGUACUUCCUGACAGCCCUGAAAGAAUACGAAUCAACCUUGCCAGAGGACAGUGAUUUGGGAAGAGCGUCUCUUCACGCUAGUUUGAUCAAGGGCGGGAUUGAACCGAACAGCUACCCUGCCUCAUGCAAGAUGACAAUUGAAUUCAGGACUAUCCCUGUUCAAACUAAGGAAGGCAUACUGGCUGAUGUCAACGAUAUACUGAUGAAGAUCAAGAAACGAGUAGUUGGAUUCAAGUACAGGCCUCCUCAGGUCGUCGCCCAUAAAUCUCCGUUUGAGAUUGCGAAGGAUCACCCCUUUACUAGAUGUGUGUAUGAUGCUACUGGCAAGGUAUAUGGCGACCCCUGUGUGUUCCAGGCACUGGAUCCCUGGACUGACGCAGCUCUGCUUCACGAUGCGGGUAUUCCGUCAAUUGUAUUUGGGCAGUCCGGUGCCGGUUUGCAUUCAGAGUAUGAAUGGGUUGAUGUCGAGAGCAUCCAGAGGACUCAGGGUGUGAUAUCUGCAGUUAUUGAGGAUUUCUGCAGCUAG